AAAUGAAUAAAACACAAAAAAAAACGUAAAUUCUCGUACAGUUUAGAAUGUAACAAUUGCAUCUUGUGUACUACGUUUACUAGGAUUAAUUAUUGGUCGAAGAAAAUAUGAAAUUUUCAAGUUUAUUGCUGACUGCUUUUGUUCUUCACACUGGAACAACUAAUGAUUGUGUAUUAAUAAACGGAACAGCCGAUUGUCAUAAUCAAAAUUUAACAGGUAUUCCGCAAGAUUUACCGAUAUACAUUGAAUCCUUGGAUCUGAGUGAAAACAACCUGGGAAAUAUUUCAAAUAAAUCGUUUGCAAGAUACAGCCAUUUAAAAACACUUGAGCUCCAAAACAGUAAAAUACACACCGUACAACCAGAAGGCUUUGAUGGUUUGACUAGUCUGGAAAAUGUAUCGUUAGCCGGAAACGCACUAAAUAUAUCGACGGAUGGUUUAUUUAUAUUGAAAAAUAUCCGAAAUAUUAUCAACCUUGAUUUUAGUUCAAAUAUGAAUUCACCAAAUAAAGAAAGGUACCUGUUUUAUCCAGAUGAAGCAUUUCAACAGCUCACAAAAUUGCGAAACUUGAGUAUUGAUUUGUACGGACACCCAAUUUUCGGACCUGGAUUUAAAUAUUUGAAACUCCAUUCUAUACGAUUCAAAAGCUGUAGUAUCAAGGCUUUACAAAAUAAAACUUUUGUUAAUUUACCGGAUUCCGUGACAGAACUCUAUCUGACGGAAUGUAAAUUUAUAGAAAAUAAAGCCAUAGAAAUUAAUGUGCUAUUUCCAUUUUCGAAGCUGUCUAUAUUAAGUUUUUCAGGUACUACGAUAUCUUUGACCAAAGGACUAGAAUUAUUAUACCCAUUUAGAAACAAAAGUUUGGAGAUCUUGGAUUUAUCACAUAUGGUAACUGCUCCUAUCUACGAUAAACAAUCCCCCAUACCAGAUGCAAUCAUAUUAACAGCAGGGACGACGCAGUAUUUGAAAACAAUAUGUGUUAAAACUCUUGCCUUAGCUGACAACAAUAUUGUUGACAUUCUGCCUUACUCGUUUUUUGAUUUGGAUUGGAAGCAUCUUAGCUGUCUGGAACAUAUAGAUUUGUCGGGUAACCGUUUUGGAUUUUCUACCUUAGGUUUACAGAUGAGAAAAGCUAGUCCAAAACUUUCUAAUCUAAAAAUAUUUGAUUUUUCAUACAUACCUCUAAGAUAUAAAAGCGCAAAUUACCUGCCAGUGAUAAACGAUUUUAAAGCAAACCAGUUUCGGUUCAAACGCGAAGAUGAAAGUUGUUCCGAUGCAGCUCAUAGUAUUCUGACACUUAAUGUACCAAUUCCUCCACGGUUAGAGUUUGUUCGUAUAACGCACGUUCUUGGUGCACCACCUCUAAUCAAAUUGAAUCUACAGAAUACUGCUAGCUUACGACACAUUGAUAUGUCAUAUUAUGACGUUAAAUGUUUUCCCGUUAUUUCAAUAAACGAAACAGAAAACAAUCUGGAAUAUCUGGAUAUUUCAGGAAUUGAUUGUAAAUUAUAUUACAAAAAUAUUCCUUUCUUUCGUGCACUGGAAACAUUGAUUAUGAGAGAAGCGCAUGUGUAUCGGGCAGUUGAGGAGAACUUGAAUUUAUUUAUUUAUUCUCCAAACUUAGUCAAACUAGAUUUAAGCUCGAACAACUUGUUUACAAUUCCAUCAUCGUUUUUAAAACAUUUGAAAUCACUCGCAAUUUUACGACUGUUGCACAAUUAUUUGAAUAAUAUUCCGAGUGUAAUUGCAGAUCUUCGAAAUCUAGGGUUCCUCGACUUGACUGGCAACAGAAUUUUUACAGUGUUUCCUAAUUUUACUUCGUGGUUCGAUUCCCAAGGAACUAAAAAUACAACUUUUCAUCUUCAAUUACAUGGAAACGAUUUCUCUUGCUCUUGUGAACACCAAGAUUUUAUUCGAUGGUUAAAUACCACAAAGAUUACUUUGGAUAAUGUCAAAUCUUACAAAUGCCGGCUAGCCAACGGCUCAAUCACUACCACACAGGUAGUUUUACAGAACUUCCAUUCAUUAUUUAGUAACUGUUACGCAACUACGUGGUUGCAUAUAGGAAUAAGUAUAAUUAUUUCUGCCUUCAUAAUUAUUCUUCCAACUGCAGUUAUUUUUAACUUCCGUUGGCGUAUAAUAUUUUUCUGUUAUAGAAAGUUUCGCAGAAUUGUAGAAAACAAUAUGAAUUUAUCGUAUGAAUACGAUGUUUUCGUUUCGUAUGGAUACAAUGGUUAUACAUGGGUCCAGGCUACUUUGAUAGAUAAGUUGGAAACUGACUGGAGACUCAAUGUGUGUCUAGAGGAUAGAAAUUUUGUUGGUGGAAAGUCAAUCUAUGAACAAAUUGCUCAUGCAAUAUCUAGCAGCCGUCAUAUCAUAUUUGUUGUGACUUCUGAUUUCAUGUCUAAACCAUUUGCUGCUUACGAAAUAGAUCAAUCAAAGGAAGCUAAAUCGUGUCGUACUCUCCAGAAAGUUAUAAUUGUUGCACUGGAUAUUUGCAUCGAAGACAUUCCAACAGAUUUACGGUCAAUAUGGAGUGAUGUGUCUGUAAUUGAAUUGUCGCAAAACAAUAGCGAUGACCAAUUGUCUUUAGACAAUCUGAGAACGAGACUUCUUUUGAAUUUUUGAGAGUUUGGAGACCAUAUGCGACAGCAGUUUUUUAAACAAACGUUUCUUGCCUAUUUUCAUUGUUUCUAUCAAAAGGACGUGUAUAUAUGCAUGUGUAUAAUAAAUUUCUAAAAGAUCGCAUCUCAACUUCUAAUUAAUGUUUUGGCAAUUCUUGUUAUAUCUUAUAUAUCUUUAUAUUAUACAGUUUUACGGACGCCAUCAUGAUUUUGUUGACCUUUAUAGAUUGUCUGUGUCACAGAUGAUCGCGGAUUCAUCGUCUUUACCUGAUUGUUGCAUUACGAAAUGCGACUUUCACCGAAUUGUUACUUGCAUGAGCAAUAAGAUGGGUUCCGCAAUUUAAGCAGGAACUGCCUUCCCUUCCGGAGCAUCUCGGUUCUAGUUGGGUUCGUGCUGCCUUAUCAUUGGUUUUCUGUGUGAUGUUUUGUUGUUGUUGUUUUUCUUUUCGUCAUUUAAUUUUAAGGCCACGGUGUUGUUGGGGUUUUUUAAACACCAUCUUGUAUUGAGGAUAGUUAUUUAUUCAUUUACUUUUAAUGUAAUAAAUCUUAAAAAAAAUAUUGUAUAAUAAAUACUAUGUAUAUGUAUUUGCUCGGAAACGGGCCCUUUAAUUGGAUUUAAUAAAGUUUUGUAUUUGUA